AUGACCAGCUGCAAGAUAGUUUUAGAUAACUUCCAUGGAUCUUACUACCCUGGAAACACAAUAUCUGGACACGUUGUUUGCGUAUUCGAUUCCAGUAAAGACUUCAGAGCGAUAAGAGUCAGACUACGUGGAAAAGAGCACACCUCAUGGUGGGAAAGAGAAAGUUAUUAUGACAGCUCAUCAAAGAAGACCAAAUAUCGUAAUGUCCAUUAUACUGGAGACAAUACAAUUUUAUCAUUUGAUAUCACGCUCGUUGGAGAAAGUACAUUAUCACGUGGUCGGUACGAGUAUCCCUUUACAUUUACAUUACCCAGAGAUCUUCCCACGACUUUCGAUGGAAGCUACGGGCAUAUACGGUAUUAUGUCAAAGCUAAUAUCGAUAUACCAUUCGCCUUUGACUACGAAGACGAGAGAUCAUUCACGCUGAUAUCCCUGAUAGAUUUCAACGAAAUCAUACAGCAACUUCAACUGAACCCAGUAAACUACGAAGACGAGAAAAACCUGUGUUGCUGCUGCUGUGCUAGUGACCCAAUAACAAUGAACGUAGAAUAUCAAAAAGAGGCAUUUGUGCUUGGAGAACGAGCGAAGAUCAAAGUUGACAUCACAAAUAUGUCAAAUACAAGCUUAGAAGGACUCCAACUCCAAGUGAACAUGACGAUCGAAUCUAAAGCGACUUCUCCAAGAACCAGGCACAAGCAAGAUACGGAGAUAGUGGCAUCUACUUCAGACACUGGGGUAGGAGCCCAUGGACAAAGAAUUUAUGACUUUGAUUUGUUAAUACCCAUGUCUACAGUACUCCCCAAUUUCACAAGGAGCGCUCUCUUCAAACAGUGGUGCGACAUUAAUGUGGAAGCAGUGAUACCUGGUUGUCAUUCAAACAUGGAGAUCGGCGCUAGUAUAAAGUUGGGACAUAUACCAAUUGGUGGGCCAUCAAAUACUCUACUUCCCCAGGGGGCCAUUAUGACCUCAUCAAUUACCGAUAUUCCUGGAGGUGCAUUCCCACCACAUCCACCCGCAGUAUCAGCUGAUCAGAAGCCGCCUCCGUACCCUGUGGGGGAAGCAGCUCCCCCUUACCCCUUGGGCCCUCCUGGAUUCCCGACUGCCACAGUACCCUCUGAUAUCGGUUUCAAGGUGCCAGGGUCGUCAGGAGGAUCAUCCCCUAGCCUUUCUGGCAAGAGAGUGCCUGUACCUGUGCCUGUGCAUGGUCUUUAUCCUCCCGGUCCUUCUGCUCCUGCAGACCAAUCAGCUCCUUCUGCACCGACCAAAGCGGAAAUGGCGAAAGGUGGUGAUUUUGCGAUGAUUGAUGAAGAAGAUUCUCCGGAACCUCCGCCACCGACUUAUCACGAUGCUCUAAGUGGACCUUCAAGUCCUUACCCUCCUGGGCCACCAGAGAGUCAAAAUAGGCCGCCUGGGGGACAAAACGGCCCAUCAGCGCCUUCAGCUCCGUCUCUAUGA